GAUAUAUCGCUGUCACGUAACCUCGUAAUCAUCUUUAACACAAGCCCGAUCGUCCUUAUCUGCCAGCAAACCGAUAGGUUCAUGAGUUUUACACGUGCCCACAAGCCAAAGUUGUGAUCAUCUCUUUUGAUUCUCAUCUCUGCUUCUCUUGGAUUCUCAGGCUCGGCAUAACUUCUUGGUGACUUCCAUGGCUUCAUCCGUCUCUGAUCAGUCCGUACAGCCUCAAGAUGUUUGUGUUGUGGGAGUGGCGAGAACGCCUAUGGGAGACUUCCUAGGCUCUCUCUCUUCUAUAACUGCCCCAAGACUCGGCUCCAUAGCCAUUGAAGCCGCACUUAAGAGUGCAAACGUUGAACCGGCUCUUGUGGAAGAGGUUUUCUUUGGUAAUGUCUUAACCGCAAAUCUUGGGCAAGCGCCAGCAAGACAGGCUGCACUUGGUGCUGGGAUUCCCUAUUCAGUGAUCUGCACCACUGUCAACAAAGUCUGUGCUGCUGGAAUGAAAGCUGUAAUGUUAGCGGCUCAAAGUAUCCAGCUCGGUUUGAAUGAUGUUGUUGUGGCUGGUGGGAUGGAGAGCAUGUCAAACGUCCCAAAGUACCUCCCAAACGCAAGAAGGGGUUCACGAUUAGGACAUGAUACUGUUGUUGACGGUAUGACGAAAGAUGGACUUUGGGAUGUGUACAAUGACUUUGGAAUGGGAGUUUGUGGAGAAAUAUGCGCUGACCAGUACCGUAUUACAAGAGAAGAACAGGAUGCUUAUGCUAUACAGAGCUUUGAGCGUGGUAUUGCUGCACAAAACGCUCGGUUGUUCUCUUGGGAAAUUGUUCCGGUUGAGGUUUCUUCUGGAAGAGGGAAGCCAUCUGUUGUUAUUGACAAGGAUGAUGGACUUGGGAAGUUUGAUGCUGCCAAGUUAAAGAAGCUUAGACCAAGCUUCAAGGAGGAUGGGGGAUCAGUCACUGCUGGCAAUGCAUCAAGUAUAAGUGAUGGUGCGGCAGCGUUAGUGCUAGUUAGUGGAAAGAAGGCUCUUGAGCUUGGACUGCAUGUUAUAGCUAAGAUUAGAGGAUACGCUGAUGCUGCUCAGGCACCUGAGUUGUUCACAACCACGCCGGCACUUGCUAUUCCUAAAGCUAUAAUGCGUGCUGGUUUAGAUGCAUCUCAAGUUGAUUACUAUGAAAUUAACGAAGCUUUCUCUGUUGUAGCUCUGGCCAAUCAGAAACUGCUGGGAUUAGAUCCUGCACGGUUGAAUGCACAUGGCGGGGCUGUUGCAUUGGGACAUCCACUGGGAUGCAGUGGUGCUCGUAUUUUAGUCACGUUACUGGGUGUAUUGAAAGCAAAGAAGGGAAAGUAUGGAGUGGCAUCAAUAUGCAACGGAGGAGGAGGAGCAUCAGCACUUGUUCUCGAGUUCAUGUAAGCUUCCCUCUUUUAACUCUGGUCGGAGAAGACAAUAGGGUAUUCAUCACUCUGAAGCUUGUUAUAGAACGCAAAAUCAUGUGUACAUUGUUUAAGUUUGUGUGUCAUGAGAGGCAAUAAAAGUGUGUUAGAAAUCAAACUAAUAUUGAUACAUAUACACUGAAGUGAAUUUGUAAUGCCAGUGAUGUUUAAGUCUA